AUGACGCCCAAAGAGUAUCCUCAAGGCAAUGGAUCGCUCCAGACGAUGAAUCUCAAAAAUAGUGCCAGUGCCGACAACAUGUCGGUUGCCAGCCACAAAAGUACCAAGGAUAUUCUGGAUGUGAAAUUCAGCAAAGCACCUACCAAAGAACCAAUCUCACAGUCGGUGUCGUACUUCAAGCUGUUCCGGUUUGCGACGUGGGGCGAAAUCUUUGCAACACUGUUGGGCAUCCUGCUGGCAUCGAUGGCAUCGCUCGGCUUACCGUACGGUGUCAUUCUGUACGGUGAGUUCACCACGCUGCUCGUCGAUCGUACCAUCGGCAUCGGCAAAUCAACCGAUACGGCAAUCCUAUCGAUAUUCGGUGGCGGCAAAGUGCUCGUGAAUGCAACCGAACGGGAGAACGCUGCCGCCAUCAUGGAGGACGCGAAAGCGUUCGGUCUCGGUGUGGUGGCCGUCACGAUACUGCAGUUCAUCUUCGCUACGCUCAGUGUCGACAUUAUCAACCGUUCGGCCCAGAAGCAGAUCAGCCGGAUACGGCAGCUCUUUCUUAAGGCCGUACUGCGCCAAGACAUGACCUGGUACGAUCUCAACAGCGACGAUAGCUUUGCGGUGCGCAUUACCGACGAUCUGGAUAAACUGAAGGAAGGUAUCGGCGAGAAGCUGUCCAUCUUUACGUACCUGGUGAUGUCAUUCGUAAUAUCUGUGAUAUUUUCGUUCUUCUACGGUUGGAAGCUAACGCUCGUGAUUCUCAGCUGCGCACCGAUCAUCAUACUGGCGACGGCUUUCGUUGCCAAGAUGCAAAGUACGCUCACGGAAAAGGAAUUAAAGUCCUACUCUUCGGCCGGCGCAGUGGCGGAGGAGGUGCUGGGCAGCAUCCGCACGGUGGUUGCGUUCGGUGGCGAAAAGAAGGAGCUCGAUCGAUACCGCGAACGGUUGGCCGGGGCCGAACUGAAUGGGCGCCGCAAGGGUCUGUUCUCCGGCAUCGGUGGUGGCAUCAUGUGGUUCAUCAUCUACUGCUGCUAUGCGCUCGCCUUCUGGUACGGCAUCAGCCUCAUACUGGAGGAUCGUGAUAAGGAUUUGAAGGAUUACACACCGGCGGUACUGAUCAUCGUCCUGUUCGGGGUGCUGGCCGGUGCACAAAACCUUGGCCUAUCCUCGCCGCACCUGGAAGCGUUCUCGACGGCAAAGGGUUCGGCCGCGACCAUAUUUUCCGUGAUCGAUCGCAAGCCGGAAAUUGAUUCGCUCGGUGAUGCGGGCCUGCGCCCUAAAUCGAUGCAGGGCAAUAUAAAGUUUAGCAACGUGUACUUCCGCUACCCGGCCCGUAACGAUGUGCAGGUGCUGCAGGGUUUAAAUUUGGAGAUCAAAACAGGACAAACGGUCGCACUGGUCGGUCCGUCCGGGUGUGGUAAAUCGACCUGCCUGCAGCUGAUUCAACGGCUGUAUGAUCCACUGAAUGGUACGGUCACAAUUGAUGGUACGAAGGUGAGUGAACUGAACAUUGGAUGGCUUCGUUCGUUUAUCGGACUCGUCGGUCAAGAGCCGGUUCUGUUUGCGACGACUAUUGCCGAAAACAUACGGUACGGUAAUCCGGACGCGACGCAGAGUGAAAUUGAGUGUGCUGCUAAAAUUGCCAACUGUCACAGCUUCAUCAUGAAGCUGCCGAAUGCCUACGGUACGAUGAUCGGUGAACGUGGUGCUCAGUUGUCCGGUGGCCAGAAGCAGCGCAUCGCCAUUGCCCGUGCCUUGGUACGCAACCCAAAAAUUCUACUGCUGGACGAAGCUACUUCCGCGCUGGAUCCCAACUCCGAAAAGCGCGUGCAGGACGCACUGGAGAGAGCGAGCAAAGGUCGCACAACGCUCGUGGUUUCUCACCGUUUGUCCACGAUCACCAACGCGGACAAGAUCGUGUACAUUGACAAGGGCGUGGUGCUGGAACAGGGUACGCACGAUGAGCUUAUGGCUGCCCGGGGACUGUACUACGAGCUGGUGGUGGCGAGCGGUUCGCAAAAGACAGCAGAGGAAGACGAGAACGUCCCAAUGGCACCGAGUGUGUACUCCUUGCGUCAAGACUCGGUUGAGGAUGGAGCGGAAGGCUCCGACGAUGAGUCGGACAGUGGAAAAUCGGACGAAAAGAAUGAAGAAGAGCAGGAAGAGGUGUAUCACGUUUCGUUGCUACGAUUGCUGAAGCUUAACUCACCCGAGUGGCAUUACAUACUGUUCGGAUGUGCCGCUGCAAUCGUUGUUGGUGCAUCGUUCCCAGCGUUUGCGGUGCUUUUUGGAGAAAUGUAUGGCAUUCUUUCCGUCGCCGAUCCGGAGUUUGUGAAGCAAGAAUCAAACUUCUACUCGCUGCUGUUCCUGGCACUCGGUCUCGUCACCGGCCUGGGCACAUUCUUCCAGACGUACCUAUUCAACAUUGCCGGUGUGCGGCUCACGUCCCGUUUGCGACAGAAGUCGUUCAAGGCGAUCGUUACCCAGGAAAUGGCUUGGUUUGACGAGAGUCGCAACGCUGUCGGUGCGCUCUGUGCCCGUCUAUCGGGUGACUGUGCUAGCGUACAGGGUGCGACGGGUACACGCAUUGGGUCGCUGCUACAGGCUGCCUCGACCAUUUGCAUCGGGGUGGGUAUCUCGUUUUUCUACUCCUGGAACCUAACACUCGUCUCGAUCGUGGCGAUCCCGGUUACGCUGGCCUCGAUCACACUCGAGUCGCGCUACACGCAGAUGAGCAGCUUGAAGGAGAAACAAUCACUCGAGGGUGCUACCAAGCUGGCGGUGGAAGCGAUCUCCAACAUUCGCACGGUGGCUAGCCUGGGUCAGGAGCAGCAUGUUCUGCACCGGUACAGCCAGGAGACGGUGAAGAUCGAUGAUGCCUGUCGGCGCAAGACACGUCUGCGUGGUACAGUGUUCGCGUUGGGCCAGGUGAUGCCAUUUGCCGGUUAUGGUCUGGCACUGUUCUACGGUGGUAAACUCGUGUCGGAGAAGGAGCUAGAAUACAAGGAUGUUAUCAAAGUCUCCGAGGCGCUCAUCUUCGGUGCGUGGAUGUUGGGACAAGCGUUAGCGUACGCGCCGAAUGUAAAUUCUGCCAUCCUAUCGGCAGGACGUUUGAUGAAACUGCUUGAUCGUUCACCGAGAAUGCAUAAUCCUUCCAGCUCGUACCAUUCCCUUGCACAGCGUACGGAGGGUGAUAUCAAGUUUACGGAUGUCGAGUUCCGCUAUCCAACACGCCCAACUGUUCCCGUUCUGCAAGGGUUGAAUUUGGACAUCGGCAAAGGCCAAACAGUGGCAUUGGUUGGUCCGUCCGGUUGUGGUAAGUCCACCUGCAUUCAGUUGCUGCUGCGAUACUACGAUCCCGACAGUGGCAAGGUGGAUAUUGACGGUACCACCACCACAGAGUUCUCGCUCAACCGCAUCCGCGCACAGAUGGGUCUGGUAUCACAAGAACCCAUCCUGUUCGAUCGUACCAUUGCGGAAAACAUCGCCUACGGCGACAACACGCGUGACAUUGCAAUGGCGGAAAUUAUUGAAGCGGCCAAGAUGGCCAACAUACAUGAGUUCAUCGUCAACCUGCCCAAGGGAUACGACACCAGCCUCGGCAGUAAGGGCGCCCAGCUAUCCGGUGGCCAAAAACAGCGUAUCGCAAUUGCCCGUGCGCUCGUGCGCAAUCCACGAGUGCUGCUGCUGGACGAAGCAACGUCAGCGCUGGACAACCAAAGCGAAAAGAUCGUCCAGAAUGCGCUCGAUCAUGCUCGAACUGGACGGACCUGUAUUAUCAUUGCCCACCGAUUAACCACCAUCCAGAACGCGAAUCUCAUCUGCGUCAUCCAGAACGGUGUUGUGGUGGAGGCGGGAACGCACGACGAGCUGAUGGCCAAGAACCGAAUCUAUGCGAAGCUGUACCAAAUGCAACAGGUGGCGUAAGUGCUGUUCCACUUUGCUGCAAGUGAGAUGAUGUCGUUCCUACUAUACACACACCAAACAUUGUAUUUCGACUGCCUUCGACGACGAUGAGGGCGACAAACAGCAACCUGGUUGGUGUCCAGUUCUGUCAGCUACAACGCAACAGUAUUUCGCUGCUCUCGCAAUCAGCACAAAGCAACAAUUACACUUGGAGGAUCAUUCAGACAGAACAGAAAGCGCUUGUGUUACGCAUUCGUUUGGUUUAGUGUCGAUGGCAAUGUGGAGGUGGAAGUGUGCUGUUAGGAGAGUUAGCAACUUAGCAAAGCAACAACUUAAUGUACAAGACAAAAUCAAAGACUUAACAAUCAAAGAGUCGUGUGCCGUAAUCGGGUCGAAAGAGAUGUAUGUUUCAGUACAGCUUUACGGGACCUUUGCCCGGCGCCUUCAGCUGAAUCGAGUAUUGCCUAGUGAUGCGCCCACCGUUGUUUCGCAUAGCCAUAGCAAGCGCCUUUUUACAACACGCUAGAAACAUGUGUGACAUGUGUAUAUGUGUGUGUGUGUGUGUGUGUGGGAUGGGUUUCUCGAGGGAAACAACAUACGUGAUAAUCGAAGCGCCUCCGUAGGACGUAGUAACUCUUAGUGAUAACGAUACUUAGACUAGCGAGCGUAAACAAUUAGAAAAAAAAAACCCCGGAAGACCGCAGCCUCUUGACAGGGUGGGUCAAUUGCACAAACUCUCGAAAAUCUAUCGGGAAGUUUGUUUCUGCACGCCGCUAGUGAAUGAAUUACCUGGGUGCUACAAGCACCCCGAUUGCAGAUAAGCGAAGCGAUCCAACCCAAUAAAUGCUAGAGGCCGCUAUCAAGCGUUCCAUUUUAUCGCUCGGCUCUAUUCAUAGGCACCUAGUUAGCAACCGUUAGUAAACAAAUCUCAGCUAGAGUAAAAAACAAAAAAUCGCGUAACACGCACAACUUAAACGUGUACAUAGUACCGCUUGGAUCGAUCGAUCAUGGUGUGGUGGGUGGGUGAGGUGAUGGUUAGGACAUCCAACAAAAAAGACGCAAUCAACGAUGGCAAUUAUUUAUCUCGAAAGUGGUGGUGCACACGAAUGUGCAAACGUUUUGUAGCUAUGAUAAGCGAUCCGAAUGAAUCAGAUCGGCCAUGUUUGAUUGAUUGGUUGAAUGCACCAUUGAAGCAAGCAUUAGCGAUAAGAGCGCAUCCAGUCCAGGUAUUGAAGAUGGUUCUUCACAUUGACAACAAAACCUCGUUUGGCUCGCUUGAAGCACUCGCUCAAUUGGCUCUGCUCUUAAUGCUGGAUGAAUUAUUGAUCUGUUCACAAUACUACUAUUUACUAUAUUAUAUUAAGAAAAAUAAAUUAUAUUUAACAUUAUGUUCCUCUAUGUAAAAUUUUUAAAAUGCCCUUAAAAUAUAUUCCACACAUA